CCCGUUCCGGUUUCCUGUGCCCCCUCCUCUCCCGCACACAUCCCCGGACAUGGCUCUGUGAGACAGCACAUGGCGGCCCCGGCCAUGCAGAGCCCCCCUAAACCAUCCAGCACCCCCCCGCUCUUCCUCCUCCGCCACUAGAACACCCGACACUACGCCCCACUCACCACCAGAAGCGGCGGCCUCCGGCAGCAUCAUGGGGGUGCACGGCUUCCAGGACUACAUCGAGAAGCGCUGCCCGGGCGCGGUAGUCCCGGUGGAGCUGCAGAAGCUGGCCCGCGGUAGUUUGGUCGGGGGAGGCCGCCAGAGACCCCCCCAGACCCCGCUCCGCCUGCUCAUCGACGCCGAGAACUGCCUGCACCGGCUGUACGGCGGCUUCUACACGGACUGGGUGAGCGGGGGCCAGUGGAACCACAUGCUGGGCUACCUGGCGGCCCUGGCCAAGGCCUGCUACGCCGGCAACAUCGAGCUCUUCGUCUUCUUCAACGGCGCCCUGGACAAGGCCCGGCUCCACGAGUGGGUGAAGCGGCAGAGCAACGAGCGGCAGACCGGGCAGCAGAUCAUCAGCCACGUCCAGAACAAGGGCACCCCGCCCCCCAAAGUCUGGUUCCUGCCCCCCGUCUGCAUGGCCCAUUGCAUCCGCCUGGCGCUAGUCCGCUUCCACAUCAAGGUCGCACAGAGCAUUGAAGACCAUCACCAAGAAGUUAUUAGUUUCUGCCGAGAAAAUGGAUUCCAUGGCCUUGUUGCUUACGAUUCAGACUACGCUCUGUGCAACAUCCCUUACUACUUCAGUGCCCAUGCGCUAAAGCUGAGUCGCAAUGGGAAAAGUAUCACCACCAGCCAGUAUCUGAUGCAUGAAGUGGCCAAGCAACUGGACCUCAAUCCCAACCGCUUUCCCAUAUUUGCUGCUCUUCUAGGGAACCACAUCUUGCCGGAUGAAGAUUUAGCCGCUUUCCAUUGGAGCUUACUUGGCCCAGAUCAUCCAUUGGCUUCAUUGAAAGUCCGUGCUCACCAGCUUGUGUUACCCCCUUGUGAUGUUGUGAUCAAAGCGGUUGCUGACUAUGUCCGUAAUAUUAAGGAUACAAAUGAUUUGAACUCUAUUUCUAAUGAUGUUUUCCAGCAUUCACAGUCAAGGACAGAUGACAAAGUUUCUCGGUUCAAGAGAGCAGUCGCUUACUACAGAGCCACCAACAAGCCCUCGCCAUACUCAGCAGCGCCAUACCCUGGCAGACCAAAUAGAGGCCCUGGUAUGAUGCAGGCACCUCACAUGUCCAUCCCAGGUGGCGCUCCUCAUAAAGGUCCAUAUCCGUACAACCUUUGUGAAUCCACUGCCACCGUCAGUCCAACAAACAAAAGUGUGUCUGAGCAGAACAAUUACAGCAACAUUCCUCAUGAAGGCAAACACACCCCCCUGUACGAGCGAUCCUCUCCCAUCAACCCAGCGCAGAGCGGGAGCCCAAACCAUGUAGACUCUGCCUACUUCCCACCGUCAUCUGCUUCAUCCUCAUCCGAUAAUGAUGAUGGCACUGGAGGAGCCACCAACCACAUCAGCGGGACCAAACCUGACUGGGAUAAAAAGAGUAAAUCACCUGGCAAAUCAAAGAAGGAUGCCACAGACCAAGCCAAGACUGAAAAUCCCUCUCCAGCCCCAUCAGGAUCCAAAGCCACCGACAAGAAAGGUAUCCAGGGAGGGCUACAGAUACCUUGUCUUCUUUCCAUGCCCACCAGGAACCACAUGGAUAUCACAACUCCUCCGCUGCCUCCCGUGGCACCUGAAGUGUUGAGAGUAGCGGAACAUCGUCACAAGAAAGGGUUAAUGUACCCCUACAUCUUUCACAUCCUUACAAAGGGAGAAAUAAAAAUUCCAGUUACCAUUGAAGAUGAAGCAAACAAGGACCUCCCCCCUGCUGCAAUCCUUUACAGAGCUGUGCGCCAGUAUGUCUACGGAGUCCUGUUCAGCCUGGCAGAAAGCAGGAAGAAAACUGAGCGUCUGGCAUUCAGAAAGAACAGAAUGGCUCCAGAAUAUUACCCAGUCGUUAUAAAGGAGUGGGCCGCCUACAAAGGAAAGUCCCCACAGACCCCAGAACUCGUGGAAGCUCUUGCUUUCAGGGAAUGGACUUGCCCAAAUCUGAAGAAACUUUGGUUAGGAAAAGCGGUCGAGGACAAGAACCGGAGGAUGAGAGCUUUUCUGGCAUGUAUGAGAUCUGACACACCAGCCAUGCUCAAUCCCGCCAACGUGCCCACUCACCUCAUGGUGCUGUGCUGUGUUUUACGGUAUAUGGUGCAGUGGCCUGGCAUAAGAAUACUCCGGCGCCAGGAACUUGAUGCCUUCCUCGCCCAAGCACUGUCACCAAAACUUUAUGAGCCUGAUCAGCUUCAAGAACUCAAGAUUGAUAACUUGGACCCCAGAGGGAUUCAGCUGUCUGCCCUGUUCAUGAGUGGAGUGGACAUGGCUCUCCUGGCCAACGACGCCUGCGGCCAGCCCAUUCCUUGGGAGCACUGCUGUCCCUGGAUGUAUUUUGAUGGAAAAUUGUUUCAAAGCAAGCUUAUUAAAGCCACCAGGGAAAAGGCCUCACUUAUUGACCUCUGUGAUGGUCAGGCAGAACAAGCUGCCAAGGUGGAUAAGAUGAGACAAAGCAUCCUGGAAGGGCUACACUUUUCCAGGCCGAACCACCCACUGCCAUUCCCACCACCACCUGCCAUGCCUUUCUACCCUGCUAUGUAUCCACGACCCUUUGGACCAAUGCCUCCACCUCCAGGUAGAGGAAGAGGAUUUUCUGGAGUCCAGCCUAUUCCUUCUCAGGGAGGGAAGCUUGAAAUAGCUGGGACAGUGGUUGGCCAGUGGGCAGGAACAAGACGUGGCCGUGGUAGAGGACCUUUUCCACUGCAAGUAGUUUCUGUUGGUGGACCAAAUAGAGGACGCCCCAGAGGAGUUAUAUCUACCCCAGUGAUAAGAACAUUUGGAAGAGGGGGAAAAUAUUAUGGAAGAGGAGGAUACAAGAAUCAAGGGCCAUCUCAGACCAAGCCGGCAUAUGCCACUUCUGCAGCCGAAGUGGCCAAAGAGCUUAAGACACAAUCCGAAGACUCCAAUUUAUCCGCUGUGUCUUCAGAUGGAUCUCUGACCGAGAACGGAGUGGGGAAUGAGGAAACUCAAGCUUCCCAGAUAAACGGGGGCUCUGGAGAAGUCCGGCCUUCUAAUCACUCUGAAAGUGCCUUAAGCAGUGACUCUAAACAGUGCAAUACAAAUCCUCACUUAAAUGCACUAGCUUCAGACAGCGGGCGCCGUGAAGAGGAGACUCUCGAGGCGGCUGUCUUAAAAAAAGAAGAGUAAACUUAUUUUUCUAGAGGGUGAAGGGUGUUAGACAGUUCAGGGUUAGGAAUAUCUGGAAAGAUGGAGAGCCUACAGUUACGUACAUUUUUUCCUUUCCGUAAGCGAAAAAUGAGGAUUUGGAAAUUCGGAUCCCUCUUUUGACGUCAGGCUAAAAACAAAUAACUAAUAAAAAAAGAGAAGAUUUUAUUUUACUUUUUAACCAGUUUGUAGUCAAAAUGCUACAGGGAUCAAUCACAGCUGAGAAUAAGAAGAGCAUUUGACUCCCACAUUUAGAGAAACAUACACAGGGAUAAAACUGGUUGUAACAACGACAACAAGUAAGACAAAAAUAAAACCGCUUGUUCUGUUUCUUGCGAUACCAGAACACAAAUUUUUGGCAGUUUUUUAUUUUUUUUCAGUAUAAAUAUAUAUAUAGCUUAAAUAUCAUUUGUAAUAUCUGGCACCAUAUGUAUGCCAUUAUAUUUGAUUUUACAUUACUGUGUCACAAGAUAAAAAAAAGAAAAUCAGAAACUUUGGUUUCCAGAUUAUGAUAAUGAAAUAUGGCACAAGCGUUUUUUUCUUUUCAUUCUUUAUUAUUUCAUCGCUGUUGACGUGGUUUUUCUUUUUUUUUUUCUACUAAGACGUGCAACUUAUUGGAACACAAAAAAAAAAUAGUGUAACCUUUUGCAGAUUUUUGCUGAUAUUUUAAAUACUCAUUACUCAUACUAUUCAAGCAAGUUUGAAAUCAUAGGGGAAAAAAAACAGACUUUUUUUUUUUUCCCGAACUGAGAAAAUGGCAGUUCUCAAAGUUUUUCCGUGAUACUGUUAUACCAUGCAUCCGUGAUCAAUGAAGUUGUGUGGUUUUUGAAUCAGACGUAGACCAUUAGUGCUAAUAUUGACCUGCAUGGUUCAUCCUUUUAAGGUGUAUAGUUAAUAUUAUGCAUGUUCUUGUCCUAUUUCUACCAUUCUUACAAGUUCUGUGCCCAUCUGCAAAACAAGAAAAAAAAAAAAACUAAUAAUCAGUAAUAGUUCUAUGAAAGAUGUUACUUAUGUUUAGUCAUUGACUGAUCUCUCUCUAACCUUUAAAGGAAAUUUUGUGAUUAUUGACCUCUGUUGCAUUUAUCCUAAAAACAAAAAAAAAUUAUCUAGCCGUUUAAAUAUCAACGUUUCCCUGGUGUAUCCAUUGCUGUAUUGCAUUAUUGUUCUUUGUUGCUGUUUUC